CAUGACACGUUUCCUGUCAAGAUGGCGGAUAAUCUACCUUCGGAGUUUGAUGUGGUCGUAAUAGGGACGGGUUUGCCUGAAUCCAUCAUUGCGGCUGCAUGUUCAAGAAGUGGCCAGAGGGUUCUGCAUGUUGAUUCAAGAAGCUACUAUGGAGGAAACUGGGCCAGUUUUAGCUUUUCAGGACUGUUGUCCUGGCUAAAGGAACAUCAGGAAAACAGUGAUAUUGUAAAUGAAUGCCCACUGUGGCAAGAGAAGAUCCUUGAAAAUGAAGAAGCUAUUGCUCUUAGCAGGAAGGACAAAACCAUUCAACAUGUGGAAGUGUUUUGUUAUGCCAGUCAGGAUUUGCAUGAAGAUGUCAAAGAAGCUGGUGCACUGCAGAAAAAUCACGCUUCUGUGACAUCUGCGAACUCCACAGAAGCUGCAGAUUCUGCCUGCCUGCCUACAGAAGAUCAGUCAUUAAGUACUGCAAGCUGUGAAAUACCCACAGAACAAACUCCAAGCAGUGAUCCAGAGAGUGCCCUAGAAGUAAAUGAUUUUGAAGCGACAGGGGAGAAAGAAAACCAUUGUGAUGAUAAAUCUUCUGUGCCCUCAACUUCAGAAAAGGAAACAAGUGAAAAUGUGCCUAUGGCCGAAGAAAGUGCAGAGCAACCAAAGAAAAAUAGGAUUACUUACUCACAAAUUAUUAAAGAAGGCAGGAGAUUUAAUAUUGAUUUGGUGUCAAAGCUGUUGUAUUCUCGAGGAUUGCUAAUUGAUCUUCUAAUCAAAUCUAAUGUUAGUCGAUAUGCAGAGUUCAAAAAUAUUACCAGGAUUCUUGCAUUUCGAGAAGGAAGAGUGGAACAGGUUCCUUGCUCCAGAGCAGAUGUCUUUAAUAGCAAACAACUUACUAUGGUAGAAAAGCGAAUGCUAAUGAAGUUUCUUACAUUUUGUAUGGAGUAUGAGGAACAUCCUGAUGAAUAUAAAGCCUAUGAGGAAAUUACAUUUUCUGAAUAUUUAAAAACUCAGAAAUUGACCCCCAACCUCCAAUAUUUUGUCCUACAUUCAAUUGCAAUGACAUCAGAGACAGCCAGCAGUACUAUAGAUGGUCUCAGAGCUACCAAAAACUUUCUUCACUGUCUUGGGCGGUAUGGCAACACUCCAUUUUUGUUUCCUUUAUAUGGCCAAGGAGAACUCCCUCAGUGUUUCUGCAGGAUGUGUGCAGUGUUUGGUGGAAUCUAUUGUCUUCGCCAUUUGGUACAGUGCCUUGUCGUGGACAAAGAAUCUGGAAAAUGUAAAGCAAUCAUAGAUCAGUUUGGUCAGAGAAUAAUCUCUAAGCAUUUCCUUGUGGAAGACAGUUACUUUUCUGAGAACAUGUGCUCGCAUGUGCAAUACAGGCAGAUCUCCAGGGCAGUCUUGAUUACGGAUAGGUCUGUACUAAAAACAGAUUCAGAUCAACAGAUUUCCAUUUUGACAGUGCCAGCAGAAGAACCAGGAGCUUUUGCUGUUCGGGUCAUUGAGUUAUGUUCCUCAACAAUGACAUGCAUGAAAGGCACAUAUUUGGUUCAUAUGACUUGUACGUCUUCUAAAACAGCAAGAGAAGAUUUAGAACCAGUUGUGCAGAAAUUGUUUACUCCAUAUACCGAAAAGGAGAUAGAAAAUGAAGAAGUUGAAAAGCCAAGACUUCUGUGGGCUCUUUACUUCAAUAUGAGAGAUUCUUCAGACAGCAGCAGGAACUCUUAUAAUGAUUUACCAUCCAACGUUAAUGUCGGCUCUGGCCCAGACUGUGCUUUAGGGAAUGAUAAUGCAGUCAAACAGGCUGAAGCACUUUUCCAACAAAUCUGCCCCAAUGAAGACUUCUGUCCACCCCCACCAAAUCCUGAAGACAUUAUCCUUGAUGGAGACAGUUUACAACCAGAGGCUUCAGAAUCCAGUGCUAUACCAGAGGCCAACUCAGAGACUCCCAGGGAAAGCGCAAAUCUGAGAAACCCAGAGGAGCCCUCUGAAUAACGAGUAUACACCAAACUGAAUAGCACAUUUUGGAAAAUCCUCCUAGCCUCAGAGUCCUCUUGAUGGAAGAAAGGUUUGAAAAAUGUUACAAAGCAGCAGCCAGUUGACAUGCAGAAUUACCAAGAGCAACAGAUGAUAGAAAUCCAAAAGGGAAUUUUCCUUAAAAAGGACAUUCCAAGACCACAAAACACUUGUAAAGCACAUUGACUUGCCUGCUUUAAGAUACCAAACCUGUGGAAUUAGCAGAUAAAAAUUAUAAAUGGAUUGAUUCCCAGAAAUAUAGCUAUGUUUAUGAAAGUGAUCCUAUGCAUUGUUAAUAAUUCUAUGGUAUUAGGACAGCUUUUGCUUGCCACUUUGGAUCUUUGUUUGAAAACCACAUCUUCGAAAUCUGCUUACAUAUUUCCUUUGAUUAUUUGAGUUAUAUUUUCUUUAUGGGUAUGAGCAUCGUGACACAAAUGAUAAAAGCAUA